AUGGCAGCUCUUCGCCCUCGUCCUUGGCGUGUGCUGCAGAGUAUCCAAUAUGCGACAUCCGCAUCGACAUCCACAUCCCAAGUCUUGCGUGCACAUGUCCUGCCGCAGCUCCUCCGCCCCGUUCCACAACGCGCUAUAAGUUACAGCGCAACACGCACCCAAAACGCCAGCACUGCCACCAACAGCACCGUCAAGCCAGUCCCAUCAAGUCAGCCACGCACCUCAGCCUCCCCCUCCGCAACCACCGAGCCCCGGAACCGCCCCACAACCGACAACAUCUCCAAGAGUGGGCUCGGCGACAAGCCGCUCGAGCUCGAGGCACAGGAAGACAAGAUCGACUGGACCCGUUCUUUCCAUGGCCUCUCUGCGGAGCCCUUCCCCAAAGAAGCAGCCGAAAUCCUUCUUGCCGACACUGACCCGCAAGAAGUUGAGAUCAAGCCCGAUGGCAUCGUCUACCUGCCCGAGAUCAAGUACCGGCGCAUCCUGAACCGCGCCUUCGGGCCCGGCGGUUGGGGCCUCGCCCCGCGCGGCGAGAGUAUCGUCACCCCAAAGACCGUGACCCGCGAGUAUGCGCUUGUGUGCAAUGGACGACUUGUCUCCGUGGCGCGCGGUGAGCAAGACUACUUCUCGCCAGACGGGAUCCCGACCGCGACCGAGGGUUGCAAGUCGAAUGCACUGGUGCGGUGCUGCAAGGACCUCGGCAUUGCGAGCGAGCUGUGGGAUCCCCGGUGGAUCCGAAAGUUCAAGGCGCAGUAUACGCGGGAGGUUUUUGUCGAGCAUAUCGUGAGCAAGAAGCGGUCGAAGAUCUGGGUGCGGAAAGAUGAUCCAGUGAGCUAUCCGUGGAAGGAAUCUGGAAGCAAGUAG